AUGUUGCGCAGAGCUCUCGCCGGAGCAAUCACGCGCCUCUCAUCCCCCGGUUUCUCCAGCCCGCUCCGCCCGCUCAGACCCUCGCGCCUCUCCACAUGGAGAGAACCCGGUGCCGACGGCGGCGCCGGCGACAGCGAGGGGGAGGACGACCCCUUCUCCUUCCCGGACCAGCAGAACCUCCCGCCGGACGUGUCCCGCGGCGUGGACGCCGUCGUCGCGGCAACCGAGUGCUCCCACACGGACGCCACGCGCGCCAGGGACCUCCUGCAGCAGUGCGGCGCCGCGCCCUCCGAGACGCUCGUGGUAGCCGCGCUCUCCCGCCUCCGCAACAGCUGGGCGGCCGCGCACGCGGCCUUCCGCUGGGCGUCCGCGCGUCCCGACUACACCCCCGGCCGCCACGCGUGCCACUCCAUGCUCGCCAUCCUGGCCCGGCACCGCCGCUUCGACGACGCGCGGGCGCUGCUCGACGAAAUGCGGCGCAGGUCCCUCGCGUCCCCGCGGGCGGUGCUCCUGCUCAUCCGCCGCUACUGCGCCGCGCGCGACGUGGCUAGCGCCAUCGCGGCCUUCCGCUCGCUCCGGGGGUUCGGCUUCGAGCCGGGCCUCGCGCAGUUCCAGGGCCUCCUGAGCGCCCUCUGCCGGCACAAGAACGUCAGGGACGCGGAGCACCUGCUCCUGUCCAGCGAGGAGGAGUUCCCGUUCGAGACCAAGAGCUUCAACAUCGUGCUCAACGGGUGGUGCGGCGCGGUCUGCAGCGCGCGGGAGGCCAAGCGGUUCUGGACCGCCAUGGAGGUCCGGGGCAUCGAGAGGGACGUGGUGUCGUACGGCAGCAUGAUCUCCUGCUUCUCGAGGGCCGGGAGCCUGGACACGGUGUUGAAGCUGUUUAACCGCAUGAAGGACGCUGGCGUUGUGCCGGACCGGAGAGUUUACAACGCGGUCGUGCACAAGCUCACCAAGGGGCAGUGCGUGGACGAGGCGAGGGCGCUUGUCCGGAGCAUGGAGGAGAAAGGGGUUGCGCCGGACACGGCCACUUACAACUCCCUGAUCAAGCCUCUCUGCAAGGCUCGCCGGGUCAAGGAGGCAAGGGAAAUGUUCGAUGAGAUGGUCGGAAGGGGGCUACUGGCGUCGGUGAGGACGUUCCAUGCAUUGUUUGAUGUGGCUGCGAGCCCCGAUGAGGUGUUUGAGCUGCUGGAUAAGAUGAAGACUAUGCACUGCGAGCCGGAGAUUGACACUUACAUUAUGUUGAUCAGGAAGUUCUGUCGGUGGAAGCAGCAUGACAGCGUGGAAAAACUGUGGAACGCAAUGCCUGCGAACGGGCUGAGCCCUGAUCGGAGUGCAUACAUUGUGUUGAUACAUGGGUUGUUCUUGAACGGGAAGCUAGAGGAGGCAGCAAAGUAUUACGAGGAAAUGAAAGCCAAGGGCUUUCCACCCGAGGAGAAGACUGAAUCAAUGAUACAGGCGUGGCUUGCAGGCCGAGAGCUUGCCAAGGCGUCAGCUGCUGUUGGCUCAAGAGGUGGUUCUGUGUCUCUCAAAGUAACUCGCAGAGAGUGGUAAAGAUGAAAAUCGUUUGAAAUUGAUCAACGACAAGAAACACAGAAGAGGUUGUUGUGGAGUAACUGCUAGAUAAGUUGGAGAGAAAUUAUUACUCAGAAAUAAGAUUCUGACUACUCACCAUAGUACUAUCUUUCCCCAGUUUAUUUACAUUCUCAAUAAGAUCAUUUGGGCGUCGACUGGAAUUAGAAAGUGCAACCUCUGUUUAAUCUUGGUGUUUGAAAGUGCAACCUUUAAUAUAUUUCU